AUGUUACCGCCGAGCGUGAUCGACGUGCAGAGCGCAAUUCCGCGCGACGCGACGAUAAACGGCCGCGGUCUGCUAUCGGAGACGAUGUGCGGCGCCGAGCUGCGCUCCGCCGAGGUCGCUCCGGCGACCUGCCACGUCGCGAGAUACCGCGAGGAGUUCGACGAGACCAUCCGCACCGUCUCCGAGCCGGAAUGCUCGAAGCGGAGGAUCGACUCGGCCGGGACCGGCAGCACCAGGUCGGUGCCGGACGGUCGGUCGCGUCAAGGCUUCUCCAAAGGCUCCGCCUCUCUGCAGAGCCUGGUGCGCCGAAGGAGCCGCAGGCACGGCACGUCCUUACCCUCGGAGGUCGAGUUGUCUUCGCGGCAGGUCGUCUACCCCGCCAUCCCCACGGAUCUCCUCAAGGACAUCGGCGGCGGCGGCGGCAGCGGCGGCGGCGGCGGCGCGGCGAUGUUCCGGAACGAAGAGGAGGCGCGGACCGCAACGCCGACCUCCACGCUCAUCUACGCGACUUCCUCCGCGCAACCGUCGACCUCGAGGGCCGACAACAAUUUGGCCCAGGACGUCUCCACGUCGGCCAGCAACGUCGCCACCACCACGGGCAGCAACGUCACCUCGACGACGAACGGCGGCCGCUUCGGCAACAUCCCGGUCGCAUUAUCCAGGACGAACGGCGUCGUAAAACCGGGCCCCUCCACGUCCUCCUCCUGGAGCAACUCCGCCGAGCAGGAAAGUGACUACGUUGUCGAUCCUGUGCAGGGGAACGCCUACUACAAGGGACAGUUUUUGGGAAAGGGUGGUUUCGCGAGGGUCUACCUAAUGACCGACGUCAGCAACGGAAAUCAGUACGCGUGCAAGAUUAUCCCGAAGAAUCGGAUGCAGAGGAUCCACAUGCAGAAGAUCGCGCGUGAGAUCAUGAUCCAUAAAGAGCUGAAUCACGUGAACGUCGUCCAGAUGCAUCAUUAUUUCGAGGACAAUCUCAACGUGUACAUGCUCCUAGAGGCCUGCCCACGAAAGAGCCUGAUGCACGUGCUGAAGUACCGUGGCAAAGUCACGGAACCGGAAGCGCGUUACUACAUGAAGCAAAUGGUGACCGGCGUCGCGUACAUCCACUCGCAGAAAGUCGUUCACCGGGACCUGAAGCCGGGCAACAUGUUCCUAUCGGACCGGAUGAUCGUCAAGAUCGGUGACUUCGGGUUGGCGACCAGGCCCGACGGUCAGCGCAGACGAGUAACGAUAUGCGGUACGCCGAACUACAUCGCUCCGGAAGUGCUGUAUAAGCAAGCGUACAGCUACGAGGCGGAUGUUUGGGCGCUGGGCUGCAUACUGUACGCCCUGCUGGUAGGGCAACCGCCCUUCGACACGGCGACGCUCAAGGAGACUUACGCCAGGAUCUGCAACAACCAUUAUCGCGAGGUCGACGACAGUAUCGCGAGCAAAAGCGGCCAGGACUUGAUUAGGUGGCUAUUACAGUCUAAUCCCGAGCUGCGGCCGAGUCUGGAGAGGGUGAAGGAGCACGUUUAUCUAACCAAGGAAUACGUGCCCGCGUCAUUACCCCACACUUGCUGCUACCAAAUGCCACCGGCGUCGAUCAUCGAGCCACCCUCAUCGCCGUCCUCGAUGUCCACGGUCGCCAGGAAUCCGGAAAUUAAGGCGCAGCAACAGUCGAUUCCGGCUCAGCAGGCGCAGCAGCAGUCGCAGCACCAGCAGCUUCUGCUAAAUCGCUCGCAGAAGAGCCUGCAGAAGGAGUCCAAGGUCUCCAGCUGGCUCGUCAGGAAGUUACCGAAACUGCCGCGAUUCCGGCAACGGCUCAGCAGCGUGCUCUGCCCGGAUCACAAGAAGACCGGCCUCGUGGCGCAGAGCGUGCAGAUGCAUCGCGCGUUAGAGGCGUGCGUGCCGGAAAUGAAGCGGAAUAACGCGUGCAAUCCACCAACCGUAGAGGACAUCGUACCGCUCUUCGUCACCAAGUGGAUCGAUUACUCGAACAAGUACGGGCUGGGCUUUCAACUCUCCGAUAGAUCGGUUGGCGUUCUUUUCAACGACAACACGAAGAUUAGCUACACUCACGAUAGAAGAAGAGUGGAAUAUAUGACGACCGACGAUGAGAUGACGCGAUAUCAUCGAGAGAGGGACGUGCCGGCACCGCUGCAAAAGAAGCUCGAGUUACUCCGUCAUUUUACCGAAUAUAUGGACGACUUCUUGACAGAAGGUGGCGAGCUGAAAAAAUAUCGCGCGCCGCCGAGGCAGUCGAAAAACGCUUACGUGCCGCGAAUGAGACGGUGGCUGCGUACGGACAAGGCCAUCGUGAUGGAGCUAACGGUACCGCUCCUGCAAGUGAACUUCUUCGUGGACCACACGAAGAUGGUGGUGUCGCAGGAACCCGCGGGCGGACGGGGCUACCUGAUCACUUACAUCGACACCGGCCGACACGCGUCCUCCUAUUGGCUGAACGAUCUGCGUGACCUCGGCUGCACCCCGGAUCUCUACGAGCGCCUCUACUACGUCUGCAAGGUGACGCGCGAGUUCGCCGAGCUGGACAACAACACGAUCGCCUGAUGCACGCCGGCGGAUUCUC